AGAGAAAGAGACAAACAGUGAGGUGUGCCUGGAAUAAAAAGUGAGACCUCGAGGGAGGAAGCCACGGAUAUAAGAGCAGCAUUGGAGAUAAGAAGAAGAGAGGACACGAUGCUGACGUCCAGCGCCAAUCAGUAUCUCCGUCCGGAAUAUCUGACGCCUCUCCCCACGACGCUGGAUGCCAAGAACAGUCCACUGGCGCUAUUGGUCCAGACAUGCAGUCAAAUAGGCGUCGAUCCACCGUCUAACAAGUCGCUACUUUCGGCUCACGACAAGUCCAAUAAGUUAUCGAAAUCGUCAUCGGAGUUGGUCGGACGAGAUAAGAGCUCACCAUCGACACACGCGAACUCUACCUCGUCUGCCUCCUCUAAUCUAUCCACCUCCUCCUCCUCCGAAAGCACAAAGUCCAGCAGCUUCAAGCCCUACGAAUCGUGCAUCGUCCGGGACAAAGCCUCCAGUCCUGAGCAGCAACAGCAACAGCAGCAUCAACAGCAGCAUCAACAGCAACAGCAACGCGUUCCUUCCGUGCACUCGACCUCGGGAAGCAAUUCACGCUCGAGGACACCGGCCAACGGUGGUGGCAAGCGCUGCUCAAGCAACCAGAGCGCAUCCUCGGGUGGUGGCCGGACGAUGAGUCCCCAAGGCCGAAAAAGUAUAACCCCGAGUAACGACACUACGAGAGAGUCGCCGAGCUCCCGGAAUACUAUCAACGAAAUGGCUUCCUCUUCGAGAUCGGGCUCGGCUAACAGUCCCUCGCUUCUCCAGUCCUCCAAGCCGGCCUACAGUCCAGCUCAAGGUGUCCUCUCUUCCCAAGAUUUGUCCCUCGGUGGCUACAAGCCCUCCGCGAUGAGCUUGAUCUCGUCGACUUCCGCCUCGGCGGGCGCGACCACGACAACGACGCCCUCCGCCGCCUACGGCCUCCCCUAUCCGCCUCAGCUUACGCCUAUGGACGCGAUGACCGCGAGCUCGCUAAUGUCCCAACAUCACGCUGCGGCGGCCCUGAAAAAUGGCCUCGCCGGCCACCCGUACCUGAGCUACGCACGCAUGAAGACACCCUCCGGGGCGGACACCUUGGUGCCCGUCUGCCGGGAUCCUUACUGUACCGGCUGUCAACUGAACAGUCAUUUGUUGGCCGCGACAUCGCAGGCCUCAGCCGCGAACACCGGAAAAAUCGCAACGAGCCAGGCGAGCAGCUCCUGCCCCGCGGGAUGCGCCCAGUGCGACCACAAGCCAUCGUCCUCGGCCUCGACCUCGGCCUCGGCCGCUGCCGCCGCCGCCGCUGCAGCUGCCGCCGCAGCCGCUGCCGCCUCCUCGCCCUACGCGGCAUACGCGCACGCGCAACUCGUAGCUCUGGCCGCCGCCUCCCAGAUGCCCUACGUUUGCAACUGGAUAGCCAGCGAUGCGGCCUUCUGUGGCAAGAGGUUCGCAAGCUCGGACGAGCUCCUUCAGCACUUCAGGAGCCAUACGGCCGGACAUCAGUCCGCCGCGGACUCGAACGCAGCCGCCGCGGCUGCGACUACUGCUGCCGCCCUCUCGUUACUCACACCACCGGGCCUCGGACCCGGGCAUCCGCUCCUCUCAAGGACCUACCCUACACCGCCGCUCAGUCCUCUCGCAACCGCGAGAUAUCAUCCCUACGGGAAGCCCUAUGGGGCACCUACUCUCUCCUCUCUGGGGCUACCGCUUCCACCGCCCCAUCAUCCGCACCCCGCAGCCGCGGGUCUACCCCCGUACUUUUCACCGUACUCGCUGUAUGCUGGCUCGAGAUUGGGCGCCGCCUCGGGCAUGCAUCCCUAAGAUGAUGCGCGGUUCCUAAGCGAAAUCAUGGAUAAGACAGG